AUGCCCGGGAAACUUUCGAGAGUGAUCGGAACGAUCAAGCGGAAGCCUACAACAGCUCCAGAUCGCAAAGAUGACCAAGAAGCAGCUCUGGCACCUAGCCAGAGGAAGACUUCGGCCAUUCAUGACCUAAUUCACCUGGACAUGAAAGACAAAAAAGUCAUUGCCUCAGGCCUCACUGGUUUGGCAUCUGGGGAGCCGAUGGACGACAAGGAACUCCUACUAGAGAAUGGCGUGUCCAUGUUACAAGGUCUGCCGCUCAAUAGUGGCCUCUCCGCAGCAACUUCCGAUGCAUUCAUCACGAUGCUCUAUCAUGAUUUGCCACACCCUCCGACUACCAUGGCUGGCCCAACUUCGCGGUAUCGGAGACAUGAUGGAGGCAACAACAAUCCAUGGAAUCCGGAGAUGGGCAAGGCUGGCACACCAUACAGCAGAAGUGUCCCACCCAGUAAGCCAAAGGGACCGAAUCUGCCAGACCCUGAGCUCGUCUUCGAGCAGCUCAUGAAGCGAGAGGAUGGCAACUUCAGAAAGCAUCCAUCUGGACUGAACCGGCUGUUUUUCUCCUUUGCAACGAUUGUUAUUCACGAGUGCUUCCAGACAUCGCGCGAGGAUCCUUGGAUUAACGAGACAUCCAGUUAUGUCGAUCUGAGCACUCUGCAAGAUGAAGAUUUGUUCCAGCUCGGCAGAAACAUCAAUGUUGGAUUUUUUGCCAGCGUGGUUCUGAAGGAUUAUGUGGCUGCCAUCCUGAACACCCCGCGAGCUGAUUCGACUUGGUCACUCGACCUUGGGAAAGAGAUCAAGAAGAGUGGACAGCGGAUCGAGCGAGGUACUGGCAACGUCGUUUCGACCGAAUUCGCAGUCCUCUAUCAUUGGCACGCUGCGCUCAGCGCUGCAGACGCGCAAUGGAUGGAGGGCGUUCUCAGAGCAAACCUCCCCGAACUUAAGUCCGUGGACGACAUGACUGUGGAGAUGUUCUACAAAGUCAUGUAUCAAGAAGGACACAAGCUCAGAGACACAUUACCAAGAGAGUGGACAUUCAAUGGCCUGAAGCGAGCUCCAGAUGGAAGGUUCAACGACCAUGAACUCGCAGAGCUGAUCAAGGACUGCAUCGAGGAGCCCGCACACGCUUUUGGUGCUCAUGGCACUCCUGCAAGCUUGAAGGUGGUCGAUAUCAUGGGACAGCUGCAGGCGCGUGAGCUGUUCAAUGUGUGCACGAUGAACGAAUUCCGAAGCUAUCUCAACCUGAAGGCGUACGAGAGUUUCGAGGAAUGGAAUCCAGACAAGAAAGUCGCGAGGGCUGCCGAGCUCCUCUACGGACAUAUCGAUAACCUUGAAUUGUAUCCCGGUCUCAUGGCAGAAUGCACGAAGCCACCUAUGCCUGGCAGCGGUGUGUGCCCUGGCCAGACCACCGGUCGAGGUAUUUUGGACGAUGCUGUGGCAUUGGUGCGAGGCGAUCGCUUCCUCAGCUACGACUUCAACAGCAAUACCUUGACGAACUGGGGAUUGAGCAAGGUUGGCACAUCUGUCGCAGGAGGAGCUUAUGGUGGUGUGCUUCCUAAGCUGAUCAUGAACGGCCUGCCAGGAGCGUGGACGGGAACAUCACUUUACGCUUUGUUGCAGUUCUACACGCCGGAGGCAGCUCAAGGUAUCGUCAAGCAACAUAAGGCCAUCGGUCAGUACGAUACCACGAGACCUCGCAGUGACCUUGACAUCGUCUCGGUCCAGACGUCAGCAGGCUGCAAGCAAGUGUCCGAGGAUCUUACUUCUUUCCGAUCUAUUCAACCAACUGCCACGCAGACUAUCGCCAACGGCAACAACUUCAUGCUUGGCUCUGGUGACCCGAAGAAGGCAGCUUCUCUCCAGAGGAUCUUCUUUGAGGACGGCUUCGUCGCCAGCGUCAGAAAGUACUUCGAGACUGAGGUGUCCAAGCUCAUCAAGGCUAGCUCGCUUCGCUAUUCCAACGGCAAGCGCUCAUUCGAUGUCGUACGGGAUAUCACUAACGUCACACCUAUCACAUGGCUUGCCGAGCGACUCGCUAUCCCGCUCAAGACAGUUGCUCAACCUCGCGGCCUGAUCUCCCAACCCCAGCUUUUCGAAGCAUACAUGGCCAUAUUCCUCUACCAGAACUUCAACAUCAUCCCCGCUCACGAAUGGACUUUGCGUGCUGGUGCCACCCAGGCCACGGCGCUGUUGACUGAAGUCCACAGCGCCCACCUCUCGACCCAGUCCGGCUUCAAGGAACAUAUCGUGGACUGGCUGGCCAAGGGCUCUGCGUUUGAGGUGAAGCCUGAGGCAGACCGCAUCUACAAAGCUCUCAUUGCCACCAAGGAGCCCAACGACAAGCUUGCUGGCGAUUGUAUCGGUGUCGCGGCACCGAUCGCCGGCAUCCUCACCCACCAAGCGUCGCUCCUUAUCGAUCUCUACCUCCGCCCAGGCUAUGAAGCAUACAAGGCUCGCAUUAUUGAGCUCUCUCACAAAAACGACGAUGCUUCAUUCAAAGAGCUCCAGGGCUUUGUGUUCGAGGGCAUGCGACAUGCUGGCGUUGUGCCUGGGCUGCCUCGUCAAGCCACUAGAGACAUCACAGUCCAGGACGGCGUUCGCGGCCCAGUAAAUGUCAAGAAGGGCAACAUUGUCCUAAUCGCCACGAGCAAGGAGGCUUUAGACCCGACAUCUUUCGCCGAGCCGGAGAAGCUCAACCCCCACCGCCCUUUGAGCGAGUACACUCUUCUCGGCAGCGGUCUCAGCUUUGGAGCCAGCUUGAUCGGACCUGCGAUUGCUGCGACUUUGAAGGAAGUGUUCAAGUUGCCUGGGAUCCGCCGUGCGAAUGGCAAGCCGGGUCACUUGGCGACUGUGGAGCACUUCGUCGGAGGCAUCCCAGUGAGGUCGUACCUGGAUUCAAAUGCGAAGGAAUCGCCCGUUCCUACUACGCUUGUGCUUGAGUACGACGAGGCUGUCGCUCCACUUACAAACGGAGUCAAUGGGGUCAACGGUGGCGCCAACGGGGUUCACUCCCUCUACACUCCUUCCCAGACUCUAGCCGGACCACAGAACGGCUCGUGAAUGGAAUAGGAAAAGAAUCAUGUCUUAGAGAGUUGACGAGAUACCCUUGUUAUUUUGUGUUGCGUUGCCCCAUAAUGUGAUGUGCACGAUAGUUAAAUGACCGAGAAAUAAAUAGCCAGUCGUUUUUGUUG